UUAUACAUGUAAUAUGUAAUAUAUGAUACACAUUGAUAUAUACAUACAUUGAACAUUAGAUUUCGUAAGCAAUGUUAUCAUAAAUUACUUCUUAAAAUAUUACUGAUAGAAAUUUUCCAGUACGUUAGGAAACCACUUAAGCGACACUUCUUAGCAAAAAACAAAUGUCUACAUUAACAGAUGACAAAGCCAGCCUAAGAAAUGGCGAAGAAUUAAAAGAAAACUUUGAUCCUACUGAACAUCAACAUAUUCGAUAUAAUCCCUUAAAGGGAGAAUGGGUAUUAGUAUCACCACAUCGAAUGAAACGACCAUGGGGAGGACAAAUUGAAUCAAAUGUAGAAGAAGAUCUUCCAGAUUAUGACCCUAAUAAUCCACUUUGUCCAGGCAAUAUUAGAGCUAGUGGACAGAUAACUCCAAUAUAUGAAAAUACAUAUUCAUUUAUUAAUGACUUUCCUGCAUUAUUGGAAUCAGUUCCUAGCCCAUUAAAAUCAGAAGAUGAAUUAUUUCAAAUGGAUGCUGCUAGAGGUAUUUGUAAAGUAAUGUGUUUUCAUCCAAAAUCAAAUGUAACAAUAGCACUUAUGAAAAUUUCUGAAAUUAAAGAAGUGAUUAAAAGAUGGAUUUUUGAAAUGCUUGAGUUAGGAGAAAAAUGGACUUGGGUACAAAUAUUUGAAAAUCGAGGUGCUUUAAUGGGAUGUAGCAAUGCUCAUCCUCAUUGUCAAAUUUGGGCUAGUUCUUUCUUACCAAAUGAAGCUAAAAUAAAGGAUAGAUUUCUCAAUGAUUAUUAUAAUCGCAAUAAGAAACCACUUCUUAUAGAUUAUGUGCAAAAAGAGCUUUUUAAAAAGGAACGCAUUGUAUUAGAUAAUCGAGAUUGGGUAGUUUUAGUACCAUUUUGGGCAAUAUGGCCUUAUGAAACUAUGGUAUUACCCAAAAAACAAAUAUCUAGAAUGCAAGAUUUAACAGAAAGUCAACAAGAAUCAUUAGCUGUUAUUAUGAAAAUUUUAUGUACUAAAUAUGAUAAUUUAUUCCAUUGUUCAUUUCCCUAUUCUAUGGGUUGGCAUGGUGCACCAACUGGUCCAUAUGUAAAACAAGAUUACCCUUACUGGACAUUUCACGGAAUUUAUUUACCUCCUUUAUUGCGUUCAGCUACUGUAAAAAAACAUAUGGUUGGAUAUGAACUUCUUGCACAAGCCCAAAGAGAUUUAACACCAGAACGAGCAGCAGAAAAAUUAAGAACUUUAUCAGAUUCUCAUUACAAAUAUCCAGAAACAAGUUUAACUAGUUAUGAAAUAGAAAAAUAUUCUAAAUAAAUCAAUUUACAUUUUAUAUAUAAUUAUAUAUUUUUAUAAAUAUAUAUGUUAUUCACAUAUAUAUUAUUUAUAAAAGUGUAAUAUUGAACAUUACUUAAUUAUAC